AUGAAGAACUUGACCCCCCCAACCCCGAUUGGCUACAGGCCGAGGCCACCGACGAGGACGUUGAGGAAUAAGACUAAGAGCUAUAAGAUUCCUGGCCAGAGUGGGCCUCAGAAAGGCUCCAUGGCCUCAGUGACAGAGAAUUCGGCCAAGUGGACCACCUUAAUCGAUGCUCCUGUGCAUGCAGUCCUUCUUAACAACGUUGACGUUAGGGCUGUCAAGCAAGUUGAUGAAGAUGACGUGAGGAUUUUUAUUGUGGCCAACCAUAUGCUUCAGGUCGAAAUGCAAAAAGCUACCAGAGCUCUGGAAGAAUACUGGGGCGAUGAGAGUUUUGACGACGAUUGCCGUGAUUGUACGAAGCAGGAAGUGGCCAUCUCCUUUGGUAAUGGUCCAAAACUUUCGUUAACCUCGAUUUUCCUUCCCAAUACUCCUCGGGUAAAUACCCAUGAUCCAGGGGAAUCGGCUCCCCCGGAUCUCAAAUCCCUUGUGCCAAAAGAUUGGAGGCCCAAUAGCGCCCAAACUGGGGCAGGCAACUAUCCAGUUGCUUACCCACUCUAUCUCUUGUGUUUGGUCCUCCUGGUACAGGCAAAACGCGAACAAUUGCUGCAGUGA